CAUCGCUCCAUCUCUUGGGUUUCUUCCUCCGUCUAAUAAAUCAUUGCAUCAGAUCUACGACACUUCACCUGACUUCCCGCCUGUCUAACGUUCCGAUCUACUUGAUCUACGUCUACGAGGUUGAGCCAGGAUCGCCUGUUAUCGCAAGGGAGCAGCUUGGCAGAGCGUGUUUCGUGCAGGAUACAAGAGUCAAGAGCACGGAGGAGAACAUCGCGAGAGCAGGUGUCUCGUCGGAUCUAAUCGAAUUGAAUCAGUAAAUACCAGAAAAUCACGACUGUCCAGGUCCCAACACAGAGGACUUCAGCAUUCAGGACCUACCUUUCUCGGUGUCACUAUACUCAACCCCGCCACCAACCGCCCAACGCCCACAAAAUGACGCUUACAAGGGACGAAAGCGAUACAGACCACGAUCACCCCCCAACCGAGACGAGUCCUCUGCUCAGUGAGCAGAAUGGCGCCGCCGUCGAUCCGGAGAGCGCGCAGCCGGCGCCGGAGACGGGAGCCGACGAGAUUGCUCUGGCCGAGGAACCCAGCACCAAGAAGCUCGUCGCCAUCAUGGCGGCGACGUGGAUUGGGGUCUUUUUCGCUGCGUUGGACACGACCAUCGUGGCGACCCUGACGGCCCCGAUCUCAUCGAGCUUCAACUCGCUCUCGCUCCUCUCAUGGCUGGCGACGGGCUACUUGAUCGCCAACUCGGCGUGCCAGCCCCUGUCGGGCAAAUUGACGGACAUCUUCUCGCGGCGGUGGGGGUUGAUCUUCUCCAACAUCUUCUUCGGCGCGGGCACGCUGCUGUGCGGGCUGGCGCCCAGCGCGGGGGCCAUCAUCGCGGGCCGCAUCGUCGCGGGCGUGGGCGGCGGCGGCCUCACCUGCAUCGCGACCUACAUCACCAGCGACCUGGUUCCCUUGCGGCGCCGCGGCCUGUGGCAAGGGUACGGCAACCUGGUGUACGGGCUGGGGAUGGGGCUCGGCGGCGUGUUCGGCGGCGUGCUGGCGGACCAGCUAUCGUGGCGCUGGGCGUUCCUGCUGCAGGUGCCCUUCAUCGUCGUGUCGACCGUCAUGGUGUUCUUCCUGGUCGACAUCCCCGUGAACCCGAGCACGCAACCGCCGCUGUCGCGCAUCGACUUCCUCGGCUCGGGCUUCCUGGUCGCCUCGCUCGUGCUGCUGCUCCUGGGGCUCAACACGGGCGGCAACCAGCUCCCCUGGUCGCACCCGCUCAUCGUCGCCAGCCUGGCGCUGUCGGCCGCCACGCUGGCGGGCUUCGUGUACCUGGAGUCGCAGCCGCGGUGGGUGCCGGAGCCCGUGCUGCCCGUGGCGCUGAUCGCGCGCACGCGCACCGUGCUGGCCGCCUGCCUGGCCAACUGGUUCGGCACCAUGUCGGCCUUCCUGGCCAUCUACUACGUGCCGCUGUACCUGCAGAUCCGCGGGCUGUCGGCCACGGCGGCGGGACUGCGCGUCGUGCCGCUCGCGGCCGCGACCUCGCUGGGGAGCCUGGCGUCGGGGGUCCUGAUGCGCGCCACGGGGCGGUACUACGCGCAGAUGGUCGGGGUGAUGCUGACGUUCGUGCUGGGCGCGGCGCUGGUGUGCUCGUUCCAGCUCGACACGCCCGGCUGGAUGACGUUCGUGUUCCCCACGCCCCUGGGCUUCGCCUACGGCGGCAUGCUGACCAUCACCCUGGUGGGCAUGAUCAGCUCCGUCGACCACGAGCACCAGGCCGUCAUCACCGCCGCGUCCUACGCCUUCCGCUCCACCGGCUCCACCAUCGGCAUCACCGUCGCCGGCGCCGUCUUCCAGAACAUCCUCACCGACGAGCUGCGCGCCGAGUUCGGCGCCCUGCCCGGCAGCGAGCGCGUCAUCCGCAGCAUCCGCGACAGCCUCGAUGGCAUCAACCACCUGCCCCCCGGCUGGGACCGCGCCGCCGUCCUGCACAUCUACAUGGACGCCUUGCGGGGCGCCUUCGUCUCCGGUCUCGGCCUGGCCGUCCUGGCCGCCAUUGCGGGCUUGGGCAUGAAGGAGCACGUUUUGCACAAGAACCUCGCCAGGAAGUGAUGGGCCAAAGGGUCCACGGGAAGUCCCACAAUGGCGUAUAUCAGGACUCUUACUACCAUUGUACAACGUUACAGAAGGAAAUCUCGUUUCUAGUUCAAGGGCCGUCGAGGGUAUCAAGUCUAGAGUCCCAAAAGUACGGCGUCAACAGAUCGGAACUUAUCACAGGAGCGGACGUAGGGGAUCAAUCACAUAUAAACAUUGAACGUAAUCUAGUGUUGUGGCCUUCUGCCUACCAACUGCGCCUGCUGCCCCUGGUUACCUAUGGCCUAAGUCAAUAUGGGCCUCUCG